GUAUAUAUAUGAAGGAUAAACUUUCAGGGCAAGUGCUGUCCUCUUUAUCUUCAAUAAUCUGGCCAAAAUCCAAAGAUGGGUGUUGGGCAGAAAGUCAUGUCGAGUAGUGGAGUUGUAAUCAUUGCUGUUCUUCUGUUAGUGCAGGGCCAAGGUGGGAGAGGUGCUCAGGUACAGAAUAAUGUCAGCAAUCUUUUGAGUUGGGGAGCCAAAGAGAUAGUCUCUCCUGGUGGCUGCAACCUCUUCCGUGGCAGAUGGGUCGUUGAUUCCUCGUAUCCUCUCUAUCAACCUUCCAGCUGCCCUUUCAUUGACCCAGAAUUCGACUGCAUCAAAUAUGGCCGCCCUGAUAAACAAUACCUCAAGUAUGCUUGGAAGCCUGAUUCUUGUGACUUGCCCAGGUUUGAUGGUGGGGAGCUGUUGAAGAGAUGGAGGGGGAAGAAGGUUAUGUUUGUGGGUGACUCACUGAGUCUGAACAUGUGGAACUCGCUGGCUUGCAUGAUUCAUGCGUCGGUGCCAACCGCCAAGAUAACCUAUUCAAGACAGGAAACUCUCUCAUAUGUUACCUUUAAGGGGUAUGGAGUAACUUUGUAUCUUUAUCACACCACAUACUUGGUGGAUAUAGUAAAGGAAAAGAUAGGAAGGGUAUUGAAAUUGGAUUCCAUACAACAAGGUAAGGCAUGGUUAGGAAUGGAUGUGUUGAUCUUCAACUCUUGGCAUUGGUGGACCCACAAAGGAAGAUCUCAACCAUGGGACUAUGUACAAGAUGGUCCAAAGGUAAGCAAGGAUAUGGACCGGCUGCUAGCAUUCUACAAAGGCUUAACAACUUGGGCAAGAUGGGUGGACCAAAAUGUUGACCCUUCAAAGACUAAAGUCUUCUUCCAAGGAAUAUCCCCCACUCAUUACAUGGGAAAUGAAUGGAAAUCAUCGUCAACCAAGAACUGCAACGGCGAGCAACUACCGCUGGAAGGCGCCAAGUAUCCGGCAGGGACACCUGAAGCAGCGGUGGUGGUGAACAAAGUCCUAAGUCGGAUAGCCAAACCGGUUACUCUGUUGGAUAUAACGUUUCUGUCUCAGCUGAGAAAAGAUGCCCACCCAUCAAUGUACGGCGGCGGGGGCGACCAUUCCGGCGUGGAUUGCAGCCACUGGUGCCUUCCCGGCCUCCCAGAUACCUGGAACCACCUGCUUUAUGCUUCUGUGACUAUGUUCUGAAGGUCGGCUCAAAAUCAGAACGCUGCAAAUACCGGGAUUCGCCACGCUCCUGAUGGCCGUGGUGGUCUAAGUCGUAGUUGGAAUCUGCUUCUGUGUGCAGCAUUCAUAUCGUAAGAACGAACUGUUCGAAUAAUUGUUUUAAUUUUCUUGUCUGUUGUUCUGUUUGGUUUUGUGUCUGUUGUCCACUGAAAAGAAGUAAACAACCAUUGGUUGUAACUUAAUUUUGUGUGGCACAGGUUGUAGUGUACAAUCAGUGAAUUAGGUAUAUAUACACAAUUGUUUUGUUAAGUGUAAUAAUCAAUCUCAUAUGUAUAUAUGAGAGACAACAAUGUCUUGAAAGUGUUGAGAAUGGUUAUUGUAAGAAAGUAGGGAGUAGUUGAGUUUACAUAGUCUGGAAUGAGUGAAUGUAAUGGGGGGUUUUGUCUGGGACCAGCUAGCAUCGACAACUACCCUGUCCUUGUACAUUAACCAUAAUUUAACUGAUGCCAGCUUGAUCUGCAAUAAUGGAGAGCUGCUGCCUGCUGGUACAAACAGUUUGAGAACACAAAGGUCGCAAAGAUGAGGCCAUGAAUUGGCCACAUUGUAGUGAAAAGCAAGUCACAAAUAAACUUUUAGUUGUGUCGGGA